AUGGGCCAACCGGCUGAGCUUGGCCGGUCUCCACCGGUGCCCAUCUCCAGACGACGGGGCCUGUAUCUCAUCCCCGCCGUGAUUAUCUUCCUGUGGACCCAAUUCGCCCUCUUUCCUCGACUGCUAUCCUCGGGCCACCCGGCAACGCAAAAGCUAUCGCAGCACCGUCUGGAGCAAUUGGAACUCCACCUUCAAGCAUGUUCGACGUUGCACCGCCCACCGGUUGAAUACGAACAGCCGACGGGGCUCAAUCUCAACCGAGGCAACCCGCGUUGGAGCGCCAAGAAGGGGCAGAGCCAAGCCAUUGUUCUGCGCAACGCGACCCUCUUCGACGGCGAUCUCACCCUCGACCACCCGGUGGAUAUCACCUUCCACAAAGGCAUCAUUACACAUAUCGUCCCCACCGCCCAUCAUGAUUCGCAUCUUGAAGACCAUGAUGCCCUCGUCCUCGACCUUGAAGGCCGUUUCGUCACCCCGGGACUAGUGGACAUGCACUCGCACCACAUUGCAGGCUCCAGCCCGGACGUUCGCGCGGUCGAAGACGUCAACGAGAUACACCCGGACUUCGGCCCGCUGACCCCCUACGUCAAGGCCCUGGAUGCAUUGAAAGCCUACGACCCGGUCGCUGCAAUCGUCGCCUCCGGGGGCGUCACCUCGUCACUGAUUCUGCCUGGCUCGGCCAACAUCAUGGGCGGCGAGGCCGUCCCCGUGAAGAACGUCCGUCGUGACGAGGCUGGUGAGGAGCUGGUGGAGGAGCUCCUGCUGGAGCAUGGCGUGCCCAAGGAGCAACGGCGACGGUACAUGAAGAUGGCCUGUGGCGAAAACCCCAAGGACGUCUACGGCCACACGCGCAUGGGAAACGCGUUCCUGUUCCGCAAGCAGAUGGACAGUGCGCGGCAGCUUCUUGUCAAGCAAGAUGACUGGUGUGUGGCCGCAGCGGCGGCCUAUGAGACGGGCGAUGAGCGGGCGAUCGCGGACUUGGUGAAGGAUGGAGGACUGCCGACCGAUAUCGCCUUGGAGUCGUCGGUCGCUAUGCUGCGCGGGCAGGUGGGUAUCAACAUUCAUUGCUACGAGAGUGAGGACAUCGAGGCUAUGCUUCGCCACAGUGAAGAGUUCGGGUUCCGUAUCCAGGCUUUCCACCAUGCUUUGGAGGCCUGGAGGGUUCCGGAAACGAUUAAGAACAGUGGACAGAACAUCACCGUCGCCACAUUCUCGCACUUUGCGCAUUACAAGCACGAAGCAUACGAUGCUACCCUCUACGCGGGGAAGAUUCUGACUGAACAUGGGGUCCCUGUGGCCUAUAAGUCGGACGGCUCGAAUGAGUUCCUCAACGCAAAGUAUCUCCUAUCCCAAGCCGCAGAAGCGCACUCCUUCGGCCUCCCCGAGAUUCAGGCCCUCCAGUCUGUGACGAGCAUCCCCGCCCGGUCCCUGGAGCUGGCCCACCGCAUCGGCUACGCCCGACCCGGCUACGACGCUGAUCUGGUCGUCUGGGACUCGCACCCAUUGUCCAACGGAGCCACGCCUCUACAAGUCUACAUCGAUGGACGCGCCACUCUCAACUCGACCAUUGAUCAACUCAAAUCCGUCCAAACUACACUAUCCGCUCCCUCAAGCCGCCCACAGCCGAUACAUACCGAGAGAACCUCGGUCUGUGACCAAGCCUCCCGCGCAGACGCCAACCUCAUCAUCACGGGUAUCACCAAAGCCCUAAUCCCCGACCUCCACCCGCAGUCCAACACGGACAACCUCACCCUCGUCCUCUCCGGCGGUCGCAUCGCCUGCCUCGGCCCCGCAACCGAGUGUCUCUCCAACGCUGUGGACGACAGCACAGCCAUCCACCUCCAAAACGGCCACAUCCUCCCCGGCCUAACCGCCGUAACCGCCGGUCUAGGCCUCCAGGACAUCAUCAUGGAGUCCUCCACUGGCGACGGCAUCGUGUCCGGGUCAGCACCCAAGACCAUCAUCUACGCCAAACAUGGUCUCCACCCGGGAGGGAGCAAGGACCUCCAACGCGCCAAGCUGGGGGGCAUCACCACCGCCAUCACCGCCCCGCUCGUGACAGAGGGCGUUCCCGUUUUCCUGCGUGGUGUCUCCGUCGCCUUCAAAGUCAGUCCCAGCUUGACGACCACCCCAUCCGAUGAACCCAGCACCAGCGAGAAUCAAACCCUCCUCGACCGCGCAAUCCUCCACCCAGACGUAGGCCUGCACAUCCAAAUCGGCCAAACCGGCAAGACCGAAAGCACUCCCACGAUCUCCUCGCAGAUCGGCCUGCUCCGCCGCUUCCUCGCCGGGGGCCACCAUCUCUCCUCGUCUGAGCCAUCGCCACAAGAUGAUGUAGAAGUGUAUACCCAGGUAGCGAACGGCACCCUCCCACUAAUCAUCCACGUCCUCAACCGCUACGACAUCCUGCACCUGAUACAGCUCAAGCGCGAUUUCCCAGAUACAAAUCUCAUCCUCUUCGGCGCGACUGAGGCGCCCCUCGUCGCGCGCGAGCUGGCCGCUUCCCGCAUCCCGGUGCUGUUCACGGGCCUCCGCCCGAAUCCCGAUACCUGGGAGGUGAAGGAGGCGCUGGUGGGGGAUCCACUGACAGCGCCGGGGUUGAAGGUGCUGGUUGAGGCCGGGGUGAAGGUCGGGUUGGCGCAGGCGGGGUGGAGUGACUCGGGGGUUCAUAAUUUGGGGGUCGAUGCGGGGUUCGCGGCUAAGGUGGCGGGGUUGUCGGAGCAGAGAGCAGUGGAUUUGGUGAGUCGGGAGGUGAAGGAGAUCUUGCAUUUGGGGGGUGAAGGAGGGGGUGAUAUUGUGGUGUAUGAGGGGAAUCCGUUGGAGUGGGGGGCUAGUGUGGUUUUGACCGUUGAUGGGGCGAGGAGUGCUGUUGUUGAGUGUUGGCCCGAGGCUUCCUAGGGUAGUACACCUGCGGUAUAUGAGGCACAAAUACUGGUCACUAGCAUCCAACAUCCAAUGCAGGUAGGACAACUACCUAGCAUGAUCUAGUCAUGAUCAUCGAGUUAGUGUAAAUUGAAGCUUCUAUGAUUCGCU